AUGGUGGUCGGAGCGUGGUAUUAUUAUUAUCGUGAGGGCGGUAAUCAAUCAAAUGCAAUUGUUUUGUUUAAACGAAAACGAAAUACAGAAAUAAUGAAGUUAAUUGUUCUUGAGUAUCAAACAGGGAAAGGAGAAGGUAAGGAAACUUUACCUUAUCAGGAAUGUUGCUCUGUCGUCUUACUAAAAGAUUAA